AAAGCGGAAGUUGUGUAUUCAUCUGCAUGUAUAUCAAACCACGCUUGCUGUGGAUAUUCAUAUCAGUUUUUGCGGCAAUGGCAUCGUCAAUGUGUAGCAAUGAGUCCGCCUGGACAAAUCUAACUUCCUCAAUGGAUAACAAAAGGUUACCCGACUCAGUGCUUAUAUGUACUUUUGUAAGUAGUUCUCUGUCCAUCAUAGGAGCAAUCGUCAUAUUUGUAACCUAUUGCACGAUUCCCGAGGCAAAGAAUCAAACCCGACGUCUACUCAUUUAUCUGACGAUUGCCGACCUUCUGACUUCAUCGGGGAAUCUUCUAGGAGCUAUACGAUAUUCUUACACUCACCGGAAUCAGGGACUAAUUACAGAAGAACACAUCAUUUGGCACUGUCAUCACCCGGACGAUAUUUGUGCCGCUCAGAGCCUGAUAAACACAUUUUCUGCGCUAGCCUCGUUUUCAUGGACUAUAAUUAUUGGUCUACAUAUUCUCUUAGCGCUUGUGUAUCAAUCCGAAUGGUGUUUUACUACAAUGCCAAAAGUUCUGGCCCAUUCUGUGUCUUGGGGUAUACCACUCGUGAUCACCUUGACAGCUGCCUUCAAGAAUGUUCUCGGAGAGGAUCUAUCCAUCGGAAGCGGCCCAUGGUGCUGGAUUAGGGGCUGUUUGGACCAGGAAAAAACCAUCCUGUGGAUGACAGUGAGUGGGAAAGGCUGGGAGAUCCUGACCUAUAUCGUCACAGCGUUCCUGUACAUUUAUCUCAAGUACUAUAUGAUUAGGAAGCGUCGUAGAGAGGGCCAACCCAACCUCCGUUAUAGCCAAAUCUCGUACCGUCUCCGUGAUGACGACGAGAAUUACGUGCUCCUGUGGUUUGUUCUUUACAUCUUACGAAUCUGGGGAACGGCAAGAUAUGUGAUAUUUGUCUACAAGGCCAGUACGGGUCAAACGUCCGUGCUGGACUUUGAUCAGACAGACAUGGUACUUAUGCACUUUCAGAGCGUUGGUGACAGCUCCCAGGCGUUUUUCAAUUGUCUCCUUUUUUGUGUCAUGGACACCACAGUAAGGCGAGGAUUAAUAACUAGGAUCUUCUGUCAACAGAACCAACUUCAAGGAAGACAACUUAAUGAAUACAACCAGAUUUAAACAAGUCUAAGUGAUUUUUCUGUGGAAAUCAAGAGGGAUAGUAUUAAAUCUCUAAAAUUCAAGGUUUUAAACAAAAUUCUUUUCGAAAAUGAUAUAAUCAUUAAAGAAGUAUGAGAUGUUUUCUGUAUUUCUGUCAACAACAAACUAAUGAUUCUGAUGCCUGAGAACAGUUUCUGCUGUCGUCAUGUAUUUUGAAUACAGUUUUUUUUCUGAUUUA